AUGGCGGAAGUGGAUUUGGAAAGUGGGUCCACGCAGACCACCUCGACCUGGACUUCAGAACACCGUGGCUCUGUCGUCAUGGUCCGCGUUAUUGAGUUCUCUCGGAUAGCUCUAGCAAUUGCUGGCUACGCGGUCGCCUACUACUUCUCCAUUCAUGGUUCCCGGGAGGAUGCCGCUCGGUUCUUGCAGCUGGCGCUUUCUGUCGCCCUCAGCGGGACCUGUGCGUUGGAAGGUGCUUGCUUCUAUGAAACCGCCGCACGCCAAAAGGGGUAUGAUCGAGGGUUCGACUUCUCGACCGGACGAAACCCAUAUGCCACACAGAGCACGCUGUGGUUCGCAUCGAGUUGCAUCGUUGGCGUGGUUGCCUUCUUUGCGUACCCCCGGGAGUCUUCGGCGCAGAUCGUCCUCGCGACCCUCCAGCUCUUGUUCUUCAUAAUGUCAGCCCUGAACCAUGGGUAUGAAACAGUUGCUCACGGCAACUGGCGUUGGCAGAAUAUGAACCGUCCCCUGCUGAGCUUGGCGAUGGUCGCAGGCGCAGUUCCGAUCCUCUUGAAGGACACUCAACUCAGUCAUUUCUGA